CGUCCUUCCACAGUUCCACUUGAAGCAUUCCACUUGAAGCAUUCUACUCCUUAAACCCUACAAAUACUACCUCGGCUACCAAGCACGUACCAACCAUCGCCACUGCAAGUGCCAUUGCGUGCAUCAUUAUUCGCCAUUGCAUUCCUGAACUCAUUCUAGCUCCUGAACGAACCAUGAAGCCGCAGCGGCAGUUAUCCAUGGAGAAGCUGUCCAACGCCGCGAAGGACCUCCUCAUCUUCAUGCCAAGGAAGAAGCUGCCUACGCUUGGCGUUGGCUCAGCCGUCGUGGCGAAAUGCAGGGAGCUCUGGGAAGGCUGCACCGGCUGCGGCUCUGGCGUGGCGCGCGACGACUACUUCAGCGGGAGCUACGAGUUCUCGUGCACGACCACGCCGGUCGUUCCAGUGAAGGGACGUGGCCGUCGAUGUCGACAGCGGCGUCUGCCGCCCUGCGUCGGCGGCAGGCAGGCGAGGGAGAUGCUGGCGAGCGUCGUUCCGGGGAGAGGGUGGUCGCCGGAGCGCUCGCCGGAGACCAGGGUCGGGCACGAGAUCGACGGCCUCGCCGAGGAGUUCAUCAAGAGGUUCCACGACGAGCUGAGGAAGCAGAGGGUGGCAGAGCUGAAGGUGGAGCACGAGAGAAGCGCUCACUUGGCGCUCUCUGUGCCAGUGAUGUAG